AUGAGAGCAGCUCAAGCUCGUCAAGAACAAGAAAGGGAUGCAACGAUAGCUGUAGCAGUAGCAGCAGCAUUAGCAAACCUCGAGAGGAGGCAACCAGAGGAAGAGGUCUCUGCAGCACCAGCAUCGGAACAAUUGCCAAGACCUGUAAUGCCAGCAGCAGAACCCGACAGCAUUCAACAGUGGAUGACCCGAUUCUGUAAGCACAACCCGCCGUCAUUUGAUGGAACAUUCGAUGUUGAAGCAGCAGAAGAGUGGAUUAAUCGCCUAGAGAAGAUCUUCAAGGUGAUGGACUGCUCAUUAGAGCGAAAAACCCAGAUGACGAUAUAUAAGCUAGAAAAAGAUGCGGAUCGCUGGUGGAAGAAUACUGAGAUUCUUCUCAAUGCUCGAAACACGACGGUGACUUGGGAAGUGUUUCUGGAGCAGUUAUAUGAGAAGUACUUUCCAAGAUCUGUCUGUGACGAAAGAGAAGCAGAGUUUCUGACUUUGAAGCAAAAGGAUGACGAACCUUUCGAUGAGUACUUGGCUAAGUUCAUCCUGGAAGCUUGCCGAAUCACGGAAAGCAGCUUCAACCAUCAUUUGAUGGUCAAGACAACUCCCCGAGCAGAGAAGGGAGGUCAAGGAGGUCAAGGUGGCACCUCGUCUAAUGUAAAUAAGAAGAGGAAGCAACCUUGGAACAACCACAAGAACAAGAAGGGCGGUAAAGCACCGAAGGGCAAGGAGUGUGCAAAGUGUGGCAAGAAUCACGGUGACAGGCCGUGCAUAGCUGGACAGAAUGUUUGCUACACCUGUGGCAAACCUAGACAUUUCUCAAGAGAGUGCCCACAGAACACUGAGCAGGCAAGACCACGCACCUAG